ACCGUGCGACAAGAUGCAAUGUUUGACGUUUGCCGCAUGUUUCCCCGCUUCUUGCGCGCCAUUUGUUUCUUGUUCGAGCGAGUCCAGCUGAAACUGAAGCGCUGUUCCUGGUUAAAUCGGUGUAAACCUACCUAAAAUCAUCAUUUACGACCAUUUAAAGAAAAUACAACGUUGUACGUCGUGUGUUACUGUGCUGUGGACUCAUUUGGACAUCUGAUUCCGUUCGAAGCACCCCGCCAAACGAGGAUUCCCGUUGAUAAAGGACGGUGGAUUUUUGCACCCUACCCUCAUCACAAACAACCGACCGACACCUGCGAUGGCAGAAAACGCCAAAACAGUUGCCACCAAGGAGGAGCGGAUUAGCGAGGCGAAGGAACUGUUCGGUCACGGUAGCCGAAACUAUUGCAUGAAACAGUACGCGGAUGCGGCCGACGACCUGAGCGAAUGUUGUUCCAUCUACUCCGAGCUGUACGGCCCGAACGCGGAAGAACUCGGCCUGCCCUACCUGAUGUAUGCCAAAUCUUUGAUCGCCCUCGGGAAGGACGAGAACAAUCUGAUCGCCGCCGCUGACGGUAAAGAUGAGGAUGAGGUGGACGACGACGAUGAUGAGGAAGAUGAUGAGGAAGAAAAUGGUGACGGCGGCGAGGAGAAAGUAGAAGAUGAAAAGGUAGAAGAAAAAGCUAACGAAUCCAAACAGGACAAGACCGAUGAGAAGGUGGAGGGCGCCGAAUCUGUUCCGGGGCCCAGUGGGACAAAGGAGGAAAAUGGUGAACCACAGCCAGGACCUUCCACCUCGAACGGUACCGGUAACGGCGGUGCGCAGGAAGAGGCGGCCGAUAACUUACAGGUUGCCUGGGAAAUCCUUGAACUGGCGGUCAACAUCUUCCAGCAGCAGGGAGAAAAGGGGCUCGAAAAUCUUCCCGAGUGCUACAUCGAACUGGCCGGCAUUUCGUUUGAGAACAGUUUCUUCAAAGAAGCAAUCAAGGAUUACGUGAAAGCACUGGAAAUUUAUAAGAAAACAGCCCAACCAGACCUGCGUCUGCUGGCCGAGGUGAACUACAAGGUCGGCCUGUGCUACAUGAUGGAGAGUGAGUUCGAAGAGUCGAUCAAAUCGUUCAAGGGUGCCGUUGCGGAACUGGAAAAGGUGGUCGAGCAGGAGGAAGCGAAAGAACAGACUGAUGAUAUCAAAGAAACCAUACUGGAUCUAAAGGAAAUGAAGAAGGAAAUUCUGGAAAAGAUAACCGAUGUGGAAGACGCGAUGAAAACGCCCAUCGAAAAUGUGAAACGAGAGCUUUCGAAGAUCAUCGUGUCCGGUGGAGGUGCCUCGAAUGGCAAGGAUGUAAAUAAUGGGGCGGGCUCAUCGUCAUCGGCUGCUGCUGCUGGUGGCAGUUCCAACGGUACCGCGUCAAGCUCAUCGACGGCGGUGGCCGCCAAGCCAGCUACCGAUAUUUCGCACCUUAUCAAGCGAAAGAAACCGGACACCGUUAGCGCAGAAGUGGAAGGAUCGCCCGCGAAGAAAACGGCCUCGGAAACGGAAAAUGUAGCGUCACACAACACAAGUGCUUAAGGUAGAAAAGCGGAUGGAAACGUUGUGCUUUUCCCGUAUUUUAUUCUCUUGUAUGUUUUAAUUAUUAGAUCGUUCAUUUCGCUCUCCAUGUUUCAUUUCGCUCGUAUGUUGGCGUGCGCGUCAGCAAUCUAAGUACUUUAAGAUCGGUCCUCGUUUUAUGUUUCCGUCUUUGAUAAUCGAGCACAGUUAUUUUAUUCUUAAAUUUAAUGCUACCUACGUUACAUUUCAUUUCUUACCGUUUGAUUUGACUCGUUUUAAAUUAUUCACUGAUAUUGCUACUUAUGUCACUUCCGACCCGUUGUACACCGGCAUUCCUAGCUGUCUCUCUGCCCUGGGUUGUACUUAGCAGAGCGCGACAAGGUAGAGGACACGGACAAUUGUAUCAAUCAAUUUUCAUUAAUAAAUGGAUGGAAAUUUUGCAAUAAAAA